GCUGUCGCUAUAGUCGGUAAAUUAUGGUAUCAUACGCGUUUCAAGUUGUACUUGCGCCUUUCAUUUAUUUAUUCAUUUAAUCAUCGUUAAGUUAACAUACCGUAGGACCGUAGUAGAUUUAGUAAGUACGCAAUGUGUUGAUAAGUACGUCAGUGAAACGAAACAGUUAAAAUAUUGGGUAUAAGACAACGGAGAGCGACCGGAAAUGUCCAGUGCGGAAUCGCGUAUUUCGGAAUUUUCCGAUAGAAUCUCAAGUACACCUUCCUUCGAUGGAAUUAUCAACAAUAAUAACAACAGCAACAAUUUAAGGAGUUUCUUCAGGAUUUUCAACUUCAUGUUCGCAUAACCUCUAAGUACAUACUUGUUUUCUUACAUUACUAUUUUAACGGAUAGUCCGGAGUUGGUCAAAUUUAAGUUAAUCAGUAAAAAACAACAAUGGGCAAAGAAGUUUAUUUUUACUACUCGAUGACGCUUAUCGUACUGGCCGCGGGCAUUGGUCACUUUACUGCAAGUGUCCAAGCUGUUGCAAUCUCGGACACAAACAUGCUCCAAAUGAUAAGCGUUUGUCCGUCCGUGUCGUUUGUAAAUGGUUCGUAUUAUUUAACCGAGUGCAGUACUACGUUGUACCACAAUAAGUACACCGGAGACGGUAGCGUUCCCAAAUGUAUGGUAAUCUACGACAUAAUGAAUAGGAUAUGUACUUACCAGAGCACAGUGAACAUUAACGAUAAGCUCCAAUUGCCACACAGUGCCAAUGAUUUUGAUGCCCAUUUGAAAAAACUUGAACCAAAACCUAGUGAUAACAUUGAUAUUGAAGAUAGUCUGUGUAACAGUAUAGAAUCUCUGUUCCACAAACUAGAAAGCAUCAAUGUUCAGCCUGUCAAAGAAGUUAUACCAUAUAAAGAAGAGUAUGUAAAUAAAAUACUAUUGAAGAGAAGUGAUUGUAAAUAUGUUUGUCACGAUCCUAAAGAGGUGAAUAAGUUAUGCAUGGUACUUUAUUGGGCAAACCAACUGUUUUCUACUGUGCCACCUGUGCAGGGUAACAGCAUCAAUAAAGAUAAGUUAGCUGUAGUAAAAAAUGCAUCAACUGUUAAUGGUGCUUUGCAAACAACAAAAGAAACAUUGGCUACAGUAGUUAAAAGUAAAGGUGUAGUUCAUACCAGUGAGACUGAGUUAGCAAAACCAAAGGUUGAGCAACAAAAAAAUAAACAAGUUGUAGACCCAGUGAAAAAUGCUGAUAAAGGAAUUUCUGAUAUAACUAAAAAAACAGAAUACCAAAAGCAAGAAAAUAUUGAUAGUACCAAGAUUGAUAAUGCUGGUAAAUUAGAACAGACUCUUAUUCCUGCGAUGGUGAGCAGCAGUAAAGAUAAACAAAGUUUACCAUCUCCUAGUGACAAAAAACCAGAACCCAAGAUUUCAGAUGACAAUGAAAAUCACAUGCAGCCAAUUUUACAGUCAGAAGACAACCCUGAAGAAGAAGUAGUCCAUGCUUCUGAAGAUCAAAAAAAUAAGAAAAACGAUGAUCCACCAAAAGAUUUUGAUCAAAGUCUUGAACCAGAAGCUGGGGAUAAAUUAAAUGAAAUGGAAAAAGAGGAAAGACCCUUACCAGAUGACGAUCAAGAAGAUUCCCUCAUACCGUAUCAAAAUAAACGAAAAUCUUAUUCAGUAGACAAGGAAGUGGAAUCACACGUUUUUGGAUAUUUUUUUCUCAUGAUAAUGUGUUGCAUCUUUAUGUACAUUGGCUAUUCAAAUAAACAAAAGAUUUUGGCAAUGGUUUUAGAAGGAAGACGUGGAAGAAGAGGUCGAGGAAAUAGAAGAAGGCCAAGUACUGCUAGUUAUAGAAAACUUGAUUCCAACUUAGAAGAGGCUGUUACAUCACAGUGCAGUGCUAAUGUUACUCACGUCAUUUACUGAAUGAGAAUAGUUGAGUGAAAUCUUAAGUUUUAAAUAUUACUUGGUGAUAUUGAAUUUAAGAUGCUUGAGACUUUGUGUCAUCGUUUAUAAGUUACAACGCAAUCCUAAGGCUUGCAUAAGAGUGAGUGUAGAUUUUUUUUCAUGCUUUUAUGUCUAUUUAGUUGUUAAUUAAAAAUAAUUGAUACUUUGAGUCAGAAAUG